AUUGGGUAGACUUUGUAACUGAUAAUGUUGAAUAGAAAUAACUCAUGGAAUUUGUGGAUCGAUGUCAACUAGCGCCUUGAAGUAUCAAGCUUGUUUUCGAUUUUAAAGAAUGGAUUCAAACUUUGACAAUAUGGUGAUUAAUGUAUAGUGUAAUUAUGAUUCAAACAAAUUGACCUUCCCCGUCCGAGGGUCACAGGUGUGAUAGUCAUUGGUCGAGUGAUACAAGUACGCCAAGCCUAAGGCUAUGGACAACACAGAAGCAAUGGAGUUACUGUUUACGUCUUCAUUGCUCAAAAAAUUGAUUACUGCAUGCGUUCAAGUUGCAAAUAUCGUGUGAAGUACUUACAGAAAAGCUGCCAUCAUUUUUGCUCUUCACUGUACUGUAUGAUGUUGGUGAAAAGGGAUGUGUGCUUUUGCAUGUUGUUUUCUGAUGCCACAUAGAGGCAAAAAAAUUUAUAGCUUCACAGGAAGCUAAAAAUGGCAUCAUUUAACCAGGAUGUCAGGACAAACACAGUUGUCUUGAACAGUCCUUUUCAGAUAGCUUGUAUGCCUGGAAACUUUCCAGGCUCAAGUUCUCUGGAUAAUAAGAACAUUCCUAAAACAUUGCCUUGCUCUAGCGCUGCUAGCGAACAAAUUAACAAUCCUGGAUUAAAUGUUGCAUAUACUUCUGAGGGUUGCUUGCAGAAAAUUCCUCCCGUGUCCCACCUAAUUACUACCAACAUGUGUGCCCCUACACCAGCUGGAAGUGAAACAACACAAGAUCCUAACAAGAAGCUUGUGGAUUACACUUGUGUAGCAUUCCCUUCAUCUACUGUUCAAACGAGCACUUUUUCAGGAAAUAGUAAGAUGUAUCCCAGUGGCCAUAAGUAUCCUGAAACUAGCACGUCACAUCCUGUCAUAGCUGUACAGCACAGUGAAACUUUUAUAACUGUGCCUUUUGGAUGGAAACGGGUGAUAUCAAGUGGAAAAGUUAUCUAUAUUAGUCCCAGUGAAAUUUAUCUGCAUUCUUUGCAAGAAAUUGCUGUGUAUUUACAGACUGAAGGUACAUGCAAAUGUGGCCUUGAGUGCCCCUUGAAGUUAAAUCAAGUUUUCAGUUUCAACCCAUUAGUGACUACUAAGAGCUGGAAUGUGAAUGAUCUUUCGUGGAAUGAUCCUACAAAACUUUGUAACCAUAAAAGAAAAAUUGUUGCCAUGGCUACAUUUCGCAAUAGUUCCAAUCUCUCUCUUUUGGGGUCUGUGAGAGAGCCAGCUCCUUUUCUUGUACAGACAGCCAGAAAAGAUGGUUGCCUUACAAGUAAAAGAAAAAGGCACAAAGGAAAAAGCAGAAGCCCCUUUGACAGUGUUCUUGUGUCGCAACUUUUAGCACAGAGGGAUAAAUUAGGUUUACGGAAAGAAAAAUCUGAUGUAUCAAAAAAUUGCUUUGGUGAAGGAUCCAGUCAACUUAAAAUUCAAAGUACUUUGCAUAAAGAAGUUUCCACUAACAUUGCACCUACAAAUUUUCCGGCUACAGAGCCACGGAAAAAUUCUCCGAAGUCAGUAGGAUAUGUGUCGCUGGAGGAACAAAGUGUGCCUGUCUUAAAUAAAUUGAAUAGUACUCUUAAUUUCAAUACUUUACAUAUGAACCAAAAUUUUUAUGUACCUGAUAAUGUUUUUCAGGACAAAAGAAUUCAAGGCUGCAUACAGCCAUUCCAACAGUGUACAUCAGAAAGUAAUUCCUCAGUCAUGUUUCAUAAACAUUUAAAUUCAUUAUCAUGUAAUCAGGAUCAAAAUAUCUCUCGUAAUUCAGAAAAUCUUUACACUGAAAGAGUUCCUCCUUUACCAUCAAUAGAUCAUCAAACAUUUGGACCUACUAUUCAUCAAGGACUCUUUAAUCCUCAGCAGUUUUUGCACAAUAACAGCAUUCCUGCCAACAUCACAUUAAAUUGCAAUUUUCCUUCUCCUAAUGUUGCUGGCCAGGUGUUCAGUACCCAACUUCCAGUGAAUCAGUGCAUUGAUAUGAAUGCUCAUAAUCAAGUUGGACCUGAUAUUGUUACUGCUGUGUCACAAUCAUCCAAUCCCGGUGCAUUUUUAUUUCAAACGGAUGUUCAGAGUCACCCUAAUCAACCAGUCACUAGCAUGAUGACGAACUUUAUGAAUUCCCAGUGUGGUCAGACUUACAACUCAGUUUCUCAAGAUUCUUCACAUUCUGUUUCGUCUACUAUAAAUUCUCCUAGGUAUGCAUUAUCUAGAGAGGAUACAGUACCGAAACAAAAACCCAAGAAAAGUAAGGCAAAAAUCAAUAAGUUAAAUUCAGUUUUGGACAGGGGCUCCCCUUGUCCGAAUAUUGAUGUACGCCAGAUUCCUUCUGAACACCACCGUCCUCCCCCUGAAGCAUUUGCUGCUAUUGCUAGUUCUUCGAAUAAUCUGGCUUCCAUGGGAAAUGUCCAGAACUCUAAUUUUCCAGUCAUUCCUUGCAAUAACGUACCUUUUUCUACUGAUAACCUUUGCCUCUCUUACUUGAAUAAACCUUCAGUCUCCAUAACAGGUCAGAAUGUUACCAAUCGGACUGGCGUGCAAAAUAAUUUUUAUAAUAUUGCUAAAACACCUGAAUCUAGAAAUUGUAGCAGCAAUUCUCCUUUUUCAUCCAGUCCACAUAAUAAAAAUUUGCAAACGAGUACAGUUCUGCCUUUUCAAGAUACCAGUCAGUUUUCACAAGCAGAUAGUUUGUGCCCAUCUCAAGAAAGCAUUAAAAAUCAAAACAAUGCCCUUAUUCAAGGAAAUAAUAAGUUGCAACACAUAAAUUUGCAAACUUCUGUAAGUCUUCCUCAAGCAUCAAACUCUACAAAUCAGAUUCAAAAUUUGAACAAUUGUUCUAAUUUCAAUACAGCUUCUUUGACAGACAACAUUAUUUCUUUAAACAGUGAAAAUGUGAAUUCACCAUGCAAUAAUUCUUUAAAUAAUGUAAAGUGUUCUGAAUCAAAACAGUUAGAAAUCCCUCCUACAUCUCAUUACACACCUGUCAGUUUCAUUAGCUCUAUCUGUCCUCCGACAUCUGCUGUAAUGUCAGUUGUAAAUAGCACUCCCAUUAAUGCUUGCAAUGUGUCUGGUGCACAACCUUUUUAUAACUCUUCAUCUCAGUCAAAUAUAAUCAAUAUCCCUAUGAGUUAUGCUAUUUCGCAAAGUCAAGUGAAUAAUAUGAAUACUGUGUAUUCCAACCAGAAUAUCACUUGUUCUCAGCAAAUGAGGCAAAACAUUGCAAUGACACAACAGCCAAUUGUUUACAAUAAUACCCUUCAAAAUGCCACUUCUCAGAGGCAAGAUCAAACAGCUAACUUUUUUAUGCAAAAUCCAGGCACUACCUUGGACGGAAUGACUACAUUAAGGCCCUCUUUGGAUAAUUCGGGAGUUUUGGUGCAACAAGUUUUGAGCCAAAAACUCUCUUCAGAGUACCCUACAGCCAAUAUAUUUUCUUCAACAGCUAGAGCCCAAGUUAUGCAACAAGUAAGUGGCAUGGUUCUUCCAGCGUCGGCUUCGAACUCUGGCGUUAAUUCCCAACAAUUAGUUUUAGCCCCAACACAAAUGAGGAUGUCAGGUUCUGGGGGCCUCAUAACCAUGUUGCCCCCCACAAUGACAAGCAAUGGCAUGAUGAAUAGUACUCAAGUCCUGGCAGGACCAGCACAACAGCUAGGAUCACAAAUGGUUAUUCCCGAUAAUAUGCGACCUAACAUAGUUAAUCAACAACAACAAAUUCUUCAAAAUAAUUGUUUCAUUAUGAGCAAUCAACCAACUUAUGUAACUAGACCUCCUCACUCAACAAACAUUGUUAAUUCUCAUGUUCCAUGUCCCUCUAAUGUGUCAUUAUCUUUUUCAAGUGGAACUAUUGGAAAUUUUGCAACUUCACAGCAAAAUACGAACGGACCAGUUAUCACUGGACCCCUUCUCAAACCUCAGGAUAGAAAUGAUAUCACUCCUCAAAAUAUGAGCAAUGAAAUACAGUUACAAAAUGGCAAAGAACAAAAUUCUUUUGCUAACUUUCAAGUUCUUCAAGGCCCCCCACAGAGAUUACCAAUGCAAAAACACGAUGGCACAGAUAUCAGGCAAGAUAAUUGGCUUCAAAAAGCAGAGAUGAAGAACAAUGUAGAACGAAUAAAUCACGUUACUGGACCUUUUUUAAACAAUGUUUCAACAUCAAGAUCAAGUUCAGUGCCUUCAAAUAUGUCUGGUCAUGCUAUGAUAUCAAACUGUGGUCAAGUACUCAUUAGUGGUGACAAUAAUAAUUUGCAUUCACAAAAUAUUGCGGCAUCAAAUAUUCCUCGCAUGACUGGAGUGAUACCAAUAGUUGGUGGUCAAUGUGCAUUAAACUCUCCAAUGCCUCCUCUUUCAGUUCCGAAUGUAACUGCAGUUACUACUACUAUGACACAGAUGAUUCCAGCUAUUGGGAUUGCACCACAGAUCUUAGGGCAACCGGUUCAACCCAUGGUUCAAGUUAUUAACACUGUUCCAUUCAAUUCAAUGCAGAAUGCUGUUAUUGUUCCUGGUGGUUCAAAUGUAUUACCGCAAACUGUUCGUCUUGAUACUCUUCAGACAUCACCUGUUGUUGGUACUCCUACCCCCACAGUUUUUAACGGUGUAGUAAUUCCACCAAAUACAAUGAAUUGUGUUGCUCCAUCUUCAGUUCCAUCUCUGAGACAUCCUACUCCUGUGAACUGCGAAGAAAUGAGAAUCAAUCUUGAAAAUGUUCAUGACACUAGAGGCACACCAGGGUCUAAUUCUUCAUGUAGUACUCCAGCUUCUAGUUGCAGCUCCACUCCAGUGUCAUGCAAUAAUGAUAAUCAUAAUAUGACAUUACGGGCACUUUCUCCAGCUGUAAGAAAAAGAAGUCGAGAUGGUAAACGUAAAGCAAAUAGCCAAACCGUUGCAUCAAUGUUGCAGCAUGGAGCGCACAAUUCAUCAACUAAUUCAACAAACCCAAAUUCUUUAUGUCAUUCACAACAAUCCCUUCAACAACAAAAUGCUCCUCAACUUUCAUCACUACAGCAACAGUUCCUGCAACCACCUGUAUUACAAACACUUACCGUCCUGCCUCAGCAACCAAGACCAUUAUUACAGCAACCAGUUGUUAAUUAUAAUAGUAUUGGUUCAGUUGGAGGUCAUCAGAUUCUUACUACUGGUUUAACAAGUCCUCUAGGUAUUGUUCAGCCUUUGAGCAUGCUAGGAGUUACUCCUACUGGAACUGUCAUACAGAACAUCCCAGUUCAACAAGUAAUGCCAGGACCUCAUUUUCAGUCUUUAACUGUAUUGCAAGGCCCACAUACUGUUAAUUCUCUCCCCCAGGAACAACCUGUGGUAGUAAAUGACACUUCUUCCUUGGGAGUACAUCCUACUCAGAUGCAUAGUGCCUUUGCUGCUGGUUCUAUUGUUCCUAACAUGGUUACUACUAACCCAGUGAUAAAUACACAUGUUGGAGGGACUGAAGUUCUUGUAACUGCUACAUCUCAAUCUCACUCAGUGUCUGACAAUGUAGGCCAAACCCCUGUUCAUUCUCAGUUUUCUUCUGUUUUUUCCCAAUCACUACCCCCUGUAGCUCAGUCGCUUUCAUCCACUUCAUGUACAAAUAAUGUCAAGUUGUGUAAAUCAAACGUUUCUACUUCUUGUGCUGCUUCUGGUUUUCAAAGUCAAGGAUCUGUUACUUCAUAUACACCAUCUAGAACUAUAAAUACUUGCAAUUCCGGUGUAGAAAAUAAAGAUGAAAAAUUUAAUCUUAAUGCAAGUGAUUUGUCUAUAGAUUUGAAUCAUAAAGCUCGAAGUAUAGGAAUUCAGAGUAGCUGUACAGAACAAAAUGCAGCCGUUCAAACAAUUACAUCAACAAUACCGGUGAACAGUUCUUCUGUAACAAAUUCUCCUGAAGAUAGUCAAAAUACUAAGCUUAGUAUGAAUGAUACUUUAGAAGAUACCAAGUCAAAAUUUGAAGGUGAAAACAGCAGUACAAUAUUAUCAUCUGGUGGUGAAUCUUGUGAAUCACCUUGGCCAGAUCCAGUGAAUUUAUCUGCUGCAGUUAGAGCUGUUGUGCAAGAGCAGGUUGAUAGCAAUGAAGAAAUAAUAUCAGUGCCAGCAACUGGGACCAACCAAAUGGUUAAUUUUUUGGACUGUAGUUCAUCAAUUCAUGAAGAAACAUCUGAACAGACGCCCAGUUCUUCAGUAGAAGAUAUUAUUGAAGAAAGUAAUGAUGGUAAUUCAAUUCUUGACUUACGUACUAUGUCAAUGCAGUCAGGUGAAUUCGGUACAGAUCAAGAAAUUCCUGUUGAAAGAAGUUGCUUGUCACAUGGACAAGAAAUUGUAAAAAAUAUUUUGCAUUUAAAUACUUGGAAUGAGAACCAAUUACCUACUGAACAUCAACCAGAAUCAAGUGAUCAUGUAGUUGAAAAUGGCUCAACUGCAUCAUCUGAAAGCUCUGAGCAAACCAGUACUGACUGUAAUGUAACUAGUGAUUCAGGUGUUGAAUCAAGUCAAGAGCCAAUGAAUCUUGCAUGCAUAAGAGAAGAUGAAAACAUGGAUAUAGAGUUAGCUGAUUCAGUACCCAUUACUGAACAGGAAGAAUUGGAUGUUUUAAUUUCAUAUGAUGAUUGCAUUGAUAAAGACGACCAACUCUCAAAAAAGCGUGCAGUUAAAAGACUAAAACGAGAGCUGGAAGUAGCCUAUGAUGAUUUCCCAGACGAAGAAUCUGAUGAUGGCACUCCAAAUUCACCACCAUUACCUCCACAAUCGCGAACGUUUAAUGAUGGAGAUUUGGUUUGGGGUCAGAUACGUGGAUUUCCAUCUUGGCCAGGGAAGCUUGUCAAAGAAGAGGAAGUAAAAGGCACUCAUAAAACUGAAGAUGGAAAACUAUGGGUUAGAUGGUUUGGAGAUCAUACAUUUACACAAGUUGAACCUGAUAAAUUGAAAACUCUUUCUGAAGGUUUAGAAGCGCAUCACAGAGCGAGGAAGAGACAUAGGCGGGGCCGGAAAAUGAAUUCUCAACUUGAAAAUGCUAUUCAAGAAGCAAUGUUAGAAUUAGAUCGCCAGGCUACGGACAUCAUAACAGAUGAAACCGAAGAGGAUAGUUACUUACCAAGCAAUAUACCUUUGUCAGAUGACAGUUUUCCUGUACAUUCUAGGACUAACAGGCCUAGAGGCUACAAACGUAGAUAGCAAUACCUAAAACAAAAUUCUGUUCCAAACAGUGAUUCUAAAGGUUACAAUUGUGAAGUAUUUUCAUUUUGUAUCCAGAUGAAAUUAUAUGCCUCUGAGCUAUGUAAAUUAUGUAUGUUAUAUAUGACGUAUAUUUGCCGAUUCAGGUCCUAUUGAAAAAUUAUAUUAUGCUAUUGUUGAAGCUUGUAGUUUGAACUGACCAUGUGUAUAAAAUUCAGUGAAUUUCCUGUGUAUACUCGGACUUGAUCACCGUGAAUUGUGGGUGCUGCUACUCGGUCUUCUAAAGACUACUUCGACAUUAAGCACUUUCAGAUCUGAACCAUUCAACAACAUUUGUUUGGUCAGAUUUUUUGUAAAUGAAAUGAGCUAUAAAGUGGCUUGUUUUUUUUAUCAUCGACAAAUGUAAAUGUUAAAUUUUUGUGAAAAGCCAUUUCUGUUUUAUAUGCCUCAGCAUAAAGUGAUGCGUCCACGCUCAAUGUAGUUUCUCUUUAUGGAUUUGGUUGUUAUCGCAUGAUGUUUGUUGUGUGUUCAUGUGCUUUGUGCACCAGUUUUUAGCGAAAUGUUCUUUAAGAGAUUAAAACCUUAUGCACAUAAGUGAA